AUGGCGGGCACCGACGGUGAUUUCACGUUCCCGACGCCGACGACGAACGGCGGGUCGAAGUUGAACCCAAACUACACGCCGCUCUCUUCCUCGGGGGUGUACAACGCGUCGCUGCACCGACGCAAUCGCUCGCGCGACAGCGCCGACGGCAAGGCGUGGAGCGAGGAGCCCACGGUGGAGGAGCUGUUCGCCGACCCGCGAAUGUGGCGCGCGCUGAAGAUUCUCGGGUUCGGCGUGAUCGUCACCGUGGUCUUGCUGCUGUACUGA